UACAAAUUCCAAACAUCUAUCUCUCUAUCCCCCCUCCUCUCUUUCUCUCUCCCUCUCUCUCACACACACACUUAGAAAGAGAAGAUAGUUUUGACAAACAUGGUGCAAUCAAAGAAGUUCAGAGGUGUCAGGCAACGCCAUUGGGGCUCUUGGGUUUCAGAGAUUCGUCAUCCAUUAUUGAAAAGGAGGGUGUGGCUGGGAACAUUUGAUACUGCUGAAGAAGCAGCUAGAGCAUAUGACGAGGCAGCAAUUUUGAUGAGUGGAAGAAACGCCAAAACUAACUUCCCAGUUGUGGAUGAUCAAAUGGGAAAUUCUACUUCUGCUUCAUUUUCCACAACAUUUUCUACAGUUCUCAGUGCAAAGCUGAGGAAGUGCUUCAAGUCCCCUUCACCUUCCCUCACAUGCCUAAGGCUUGAUGCAGAGAAUUCCCACUUCGGCGUGUGGCAGAAGCAAGCCGGGCCUCGCUCCGAAUCAAACUGGAUCAUGAUGGUUGAGUUAGAAAGGAAGAACAAGAAUGAUCACAGAGCUUCUUCUGAUUCAGAAUUGCCAGAGAAGAAUAAGCAAGAGAAGGUAAUAAAACCAGAAGAAAGUACUAACAACAAUGGCAUGGAUGAGGAGCAGAGGAUUGCACUGCAGAUGAUAGAAGAACUUCUGAACAGGAAUUGAAGAAUUAAACUCAAUUUAAUGCUUUCAUUAUCACGUGGGGCUCAUUGAAGGAAUUUGGAGUCCUAUGUAGCUCUUUUCAUGGGUUUUAUUUGUUUGUUUGUCCUAAGUAGGAGUGUGCUGCAUUUAUUAUAUGAUCAUGAGUGCCUAUGAUUGUGUACCACAUGUGUGGUAAAUUUUUAUGUACUACUCUAUGAAAACUAUCCAGCUAACUAAUUUGGAACCACUCAAAGUUCUAUCCCAUGUAUAAAUUCUUCUCAUGAUUACAAUGCUGAGAAAAAUUAUAAAUA